UUACUGGUACUGCAGCUGCGUACUUUUUGUUCAUCAUAAUUUUUUCAAAAUAAUAUGUAUAAUAUUUACAUAUUUUUAUAAAACAUGCUUUAUAUAAUUGUGUGGGGGGUAUGUGUUAUAGUUAUAUCACAGUGAGAGAGAUGCCUCCUAUAUAAUUUUGUUUGGUCAUGGAGAGAUACGGUGAGAUUAUAUCAUGUAGGAUCUUGCUUUCCCAGAGUCGGGAUUUGGUUGGUUGGAUGCUUAGUUUAUAUUUCCUCCUCACUUUGCUGGCUGGCCGAGAGUAGCAAGGAAACAAAGAAGGAAAUCGAGCCAUUUUUGCAACUCCCGUUCAAGCCUAAAGUGGAGGAGAUCAGGUGGUAAUCCAUGGCAGUGGAUACAGAGACCCAAUUCCAUGUCCUGGCCGUGGAUGACAGUCUCCUUGACAGGAAGCUCAUUGAGAGACUCCUCAAGACUUCUUCCUUUCAAGUCACCACUGUGGAUUCUGGGAGCAAAGCACUGGAAGUCUUGGGGUUGAGGGAGGACCAGCAGCCUGAACACAAUGAGAUUGAGGUCAAUUUGGUGAUAACUGAUUAUUGCAUGCCCGGAAUGACUGGCUACGACCUUCUCAAGAAGAUCAAGGAGUCAUCCUCUUUGAAGGACAUCCCUGUGGUGAUCAUGUCAUCUGAGAAUGUUCCCUCCAGGAUUAACAGAUGCUUGGAAGGAGGAGCAGAGGAGUUCUUUCUGAAGCCUGUGCAGCUCUCGGACUUGAAAAGACUCAGACCUCACAUACUGAAAGGCAAAUCAAAGGAACAGGAGACGGAAAACACCACUAUUAUAAGUACCAGCACCGGCACUACCAGCAGCAGUGGCAGCAAUAAGAGAACAGCCAUAGCCAUUGAUGAGGAUCUCGCACCUAACAAGAGGACUAGGCUAAGAUUUUCUUCUAGCAGUAGCCUAACCCUGGUGUGAUGGGAGGAGGCUUAAAGGGCGUAGUAUCUAGCUUUACAGAUAUACCUCAAGAUGAUGUCAAUUUUGUUGUUGUUCUUGGAAGCUAUCGACAGCUAGGGAAUGUAAAUAUCUGAAGAAUAUUGAAGGAUUUAAACAUUUUUAA